AUGGCCGAAGCUUUAGUCACUAUUGCUGCCGAGGGAAUACUGAAAAAGGUUUUGUCUAUCGCUGCUGGCGAACUCGCCAUUUCUUGGGGUUACAAAGAAAAGCUGACCAGCCUCCACAAGACAUUGGAACUGAUUCGUGCCAAGUUGCGCGAUGCAGAGAGACAAAAGGAGACAGAGGCUGUGAUGGUGUGGCUGAAGCAGCUAAAAGAUGUAGUGGGAGAAGCUGAUGAUGUGUUGGAUGAGGUUGAUUACGAAAUGUUGAGGCGUCAGAUAAAGAAACAAGAUCGGAUGGCAAGAAAGGUAGUGUGCCUUCCAAGCUUGAAAAGGUUUUCAUUUCGUUAUAAAAUAGGUCAUAAAAUCCAAAACAUCAAUGAAAAGUUGCUUAAGAUCAAUACAGAAGCAAACGGUUUAGGACUACAAAAUGAACACCCUAUUGGCCCUGUUAUAGAUCGUCUCUAUUGGAGGGAGACUGUUCCAAAUCAAGAAGAAUUUAAAAUUGUUGGUAGGGAUGAUGAUAAAAUGCGUAUCAUUGGACUUUUAACCCAAUCAAGAAAAGAAGAAAAACUUAGGAUUGUUCCGAUUGUGGGAAUGGGUGGGAUAGGGAAGACUGCUUUGGCUAAGUUGGUAUACAAUGAUAAAAAGAUUGAGAAACAUUUUAAUGUUAAAGCAUGGUUGUGUGUUUCGGUUAAGGUUGACAUCAACACACUUCUCGCAAGGAUCUAUGAAUGUCUUUCCCAGAAGAAACCUACCUCAGACUUAAGGGUCAAUUUAAUAAAAAGUCUUGAAGAGAAGUUGGCAUCAAAAAGAUAUUUGCUCGUCUUGGAUGACGUUUGGGUUGAACAGAGGCCAUAUUGGGAAGAGUUUAGGAGUUGCAUGCUAAAAGUGAACUCACAAAAUGGAAGUGGAAUUCUUGUCACUACAAGGAAGCUUGAAAUCGGAACUCAUGAUAUGAUCAUGGAUUCUUGUCAUCUAAAAGGUCUUUCCAUUGACGAGUGUUGGUCAAUUUUUAAAGAAAAAGCAUUUGUGGCAGGAAAAUCACCAUCGCUAGAAAUAGAGAUUAUAGCGCGCGAGAUUGUAAAAAAGUGUGGCGGUUUACCAUUGUUGUUAAAUGUAAUAGGUGGCAUGUUGGCAAAUUACAAUGACAUGGAGAAAUGGUUGUCCAUAAAAAAUAGCAAGGUGUGGGAUCUAGAAGAAGAAAAGGAUAGAGUUCAAAAGAGUUUGGAACUAAGCUUUGAUAAUCUCCCUAAUUUUAUCGUCAAGAAAUGCUUUGCAUAUUGUUCCAUCUUUAAGAAAGAUAUAGUCAUGGAAAGGGAAGAAUUGAUCCAACUUUGGAUGGCUUUGGGGUUGGUUCAAGUGGAUGAGGAAAGAAACAAGGGAACAGAGGAUGUGGGAAAUGAUAUUUUCCAGAUUUUGGUUAGCAAUUCAUUGUUCCAGGAUGUUGAAAGGGAUAAAUAUGGUCAUGUCACUUGUUGUAGAAUGCAUGAUCUAGUGCAUGAUCUUUCCUUAUCAAUUUCCAAACAUGAAAGUUUACGUGUGGUGGGUGCAAUCAAUGAUGAUAUAUCUCAUAUUCCUCAUGUUAAACAUCUCGCUUUUUACCAAGAACAGAACGAGGACAAUGAACUUGAAGCUAAUGUUUAUAUGUUCAUUAAAAGGGAUACUGUGGCUAGAAGUUUGCAUACAUUGUUCUUCAAUGGUGAAGUUGAGAAGAAAUUUUCAUUUCAGCAAUUUAAGAGCAUUCGGAUCCUAAAACUCAAAGGUUGUACAAUAGAGAAGAUAGACGAUUCAAUUGGAGGGUUGGUGCACCUCAGGUAUCUUGAUUUGUCAGGUACCGAAAUUCGUGUUCUACCACAAUCUAUUGGCAAAUUAUACCAUUUGCAAACUCUGAAGCUGCUAAGUCGCCAUGAUCUCAAGUUUCCAAAAUCCAUGAGAAAUUUGAUAAGUCUACAAUAUCUCAAAUAUGGGGGAACCUUUCCAGCCAAUAUUGUGGGGCAUUUAAUUUCUCUUCGAACAUUGCCUUCCUUCGAUGUACAUAAAAAGAAGGGCUAUCGAAUUGAAGAGCUAGGUCGUUUGAAAAACCUUAGUGGAAAGCUCUGUAUUUCCAAUCUAGGAAAUGUUUGUAGCAAAGAUGAUGCUAUCAAAGCAGAUUUAUCUGGAAAGAAAAAUUUAUACGAGAUUGAAUUCAAGUGGAAUAUGGAGAAUCAAGGUGACAACAGAAACGACAAGGAUGUAUUGCAAGGUUUGCAACCCCCAAAAGAUUUGAAAAUAUUGAAAAUUAAUAAAUUUUCUGGUGAUAAUUUUCCAGAAUGGGUAAUGAAUAUGGGUAUCUAUAUUGAUGGGAAAGAGACACCCCUUGACAAGCUCGUGGAGAUCACAUUAAAUGACUGUAGGAGUUGUCUCUAUCUUCCAAAGCUUGAACACCUACCACAUCUUCUGGAUCUUGAGUUAAGAAAAAUGGACAACUUGACAUGCUUAAGGAGUUACUUAGUCGAAUGCAACGAUGUUACUGGAUCAACGAUGCCUUUGUCUCCAUCAUUGAGAUCCCUGAGACUAUUUCGUAUGAAAAGACUAGAAAAGUGGAUAGAUGGAGAAACCAACAGCUCAAAAAUGAUCUCGCCUGUCCUUGAGAAGUUAGUGAUUAUUCAUUGCCCAAAGAUUAUUCUCUUAGAUGAAUGUCACCCCCAUCCUCUUGCUUUCUUAGAGAUAUGGAUGUGUACAGGUCUGGUGUCCAUUAAAAGCAUGAAAGGCCUCACAUCUCUCGUAUCUUUAAAAAUUUUCUUGUGUCCUAGUCUUUUAGAAAUAACCAAUUUGCCAAGCCAGUGUCAUGCUUUAAAGACUUUGCAAAUUUUCCAUUGUGAAAAACUGACUUCCUUGCCCCACCGAAUUUUUGACUGUUUUGCCUUCUUAAAUGAGUUGACACUUGGUCCAUUCUCGAAGGAGCUCAAUUCUUUUCCAAGUCUCCAAGGCAUCGAGAAGUUAAAGGAUCACCUUCACUCGUUAACAUUAUACGGAGAGGAUCAUUGGAAGUCAAUACCAGAAGAAAUUCAACACCUCACUUCACUGACUCAGUUAAACAUUGUUCGAUUCGGAAUUUCAGAGGUGCCAAUGUGGUUAACGAACAUGCCAUCUAUUCGAGACAUUGAUUUCAGUUAUUGCAAUGGGCUAGACGAAGAAAAGGUUAAACGGGAGCUCCGAGGGAAGCAAAUGUCAUCAAAUUAA